UGGGCGUCAGUGACGUCACACACGCCCAGAGAAGAAGAUGCGCGUUUUCAGCGCGCGUUUGUUUAUCUGUGUUGUAUUUAUGAUCUGACAUAAACAUCAGUGUUUAUUUAUAUGUCACUCAGAGCGAAUCGUGUAAGGUGUUUAUGAAAAACAGACAUGGAGGAGUUUUUAGAGCACUUCAAAGAGCGCACGAGAUCGGAGCAGCGCUGGUUGUCUGAUGUAUAUGAAGGUGUGAGACGGCAGCUUUAUCCCCUCAUCAGCUCAUCGAUGGGCUUGACUGUGGAGCAGCUGACUCUCGCUGUGCUGUCGAAGGUUCAGAGAGUCGUGGGGUCAGAGGUCACAUCUCUACCUGUCAGCUAUAGGUUUGUGUCGCUGUCCGAGUUGACGCGUGAGCAGCACACCGCCUGCUGCAGCAGCCUCAGCUGGAGCUCCGCCCACUACAGAGAACAGGCCAGGAAGGCGGAGCGAGCGCUGCCCAAUUACAAAGCCCUGCCACGUGACAACAUCCUUUUGAUGGGGUACCUGUGUGACGGGCCGGCCGCAGGGGCGAGCGAUGGGGUCUGGUGGGUGAGAGACGCUGGAGGCAGUGUGCCAUGUGAGAUGUUGAAGUCCUCUCCUCUGUGGCUGGGGAGGUUGAUGUUCUUUCCCGCGUGGAACUACAUCCCCCAGAAUGCACCUGCAGGAGGAGGGACAGCUGCGGGCUAUUUGGAGCUGAUUGACCCUCCGGUCUGCGUGACCCCUGAACCUAUGACCUUUGACCCUGGAGGAUCCCUGACUGAGGCUAUGGGUGUGAAGAGAGCAGCUGAACUUCUGGGGCAGAGGUGUGAUGUUCAGGUGUGUGUCAGUGGACAGGUGAGGGCCAUCUCUCCUCUGCUGCUGAUCUCUGCUAGAAGAUUCUUCUGCCUCAUUCUCAGUGAAGAAGAUUCUUCAGUUCCUGUGCUCAUCACGGAGGUCAAACAUCAGUACUGGCGGCAGACUGUUUGUGUGGGACAGUAUAUUUGCAUAUCCGCAGUGCGGGUGUGUUCGCUGCGAGGGUGGGCGGAGAAUUCUGUGCUGUCAGUCACUGCUCAGUCCCGCCUCCAUCCACAUGUGCAGCUGCAGGAGAACACAGAAGAUCUAGAGACUCAUCUGAUGGACACAGAUUCACAGACACACACAGACUCGCACUCAUCUGACGCACACGUGACCUCACACUCACCUGACGCACACGUGACCUCACACGCACCUGACGCACACGUGACCUCACACACACCUGACGCACACGUGACCUCACACGCACCUGACACACACGUGACCUCACACGCACCUGACACACACGUGACUUCACACGCACCAGACACACACGUGACCUCAGCAUCAUGCUCUGCCACUCCAGUUAGAACCAAACACUCCACUAUCAUCAGUUACAAGGGAUUGGUCACAAAGGUCUUGAAUGCAGAGGCGGGGCUUUAUGAGAUUGAUGGGAAGGUGGGUCUUUGUCUGGCCUAUCAGCCGGUUCAGAAAUGUGGCGGUGGCCUGAGACCAGGGACAGAGAUUCAGCUGCACAACAUCCAUUUCCUGUAUCGCCCGUCCCCAUUCGCAGCAGAUGUGGUUCUGUGUGCGUGUUUGCGCUCCAGUGUGCAGGUUACCGCCUUCAGUCCUCUGAGUUCAGGGUUUGAGACAGCGGGCACACAAAGUUCACUGCAGCGCCACCUGCUGGAGAAGAAUCUGGGAGCGUCGCAGUAUCUUUGGCUCUGCUAUUGUCAGGGCGUCAUCAAAGAGAGGUUGUGUCCACGCUGGGUGAGAGAGGAGCGUGUGUGUGUCGUGGCUGGACGACUGUUGGACUGCGUGUGUGACACUGAACCAAAGACAAACAGAAAGAGAGACAUUUACAGAGAGAUGCUACAGGAAGCACACCAGUGCCCUGUAACCACGUAUUAUGUGUCCUGGCCGUCUGUGGUGUUGUGGUCAGUGAGACAGCUCUGUGAUUGGAUGAGCAGUGAGGUCUGGGCGUCUCUCUCUCUGUCAUCUCUUCUGCCACCGGCGGCCACUCACAUGACAGGUGUAGAGCUGAACGCAUUGCUGGCGUGGUCCGCUGACACCGUCUCUCUCACUAAAGCUCAUUCACAACCACUUCUGUUAGUGGGAGUUCUGGAGCUGAGCUCAGUCCACGGCACACUACAGCUCAGAGAUCAGACACAAACACUUAACUGUGUGUGUGUAGAGACUGACCAAUCAGGAGCCAGAACUACUAACAUCAGCACAGCCUGGCUGGGUUGUCUAGUGUGUUUGCGGCGCUGUACUUUAGUAAUGGAGAGAUUCAUGAAGACACAUUUCCCCUCCUGGAAACACCUCGACCAGCCGAGCUACAUCACACACAAACACUGCAGGGUUUAUCUUCAGUUCUGUGUCAGUGAUCUGAUCAUAAUCAGUCCAUCUGCUGCCAUGAGCAUCAGUCUAAUGGAAAAGAAGAGAGAUCAGACACACAGACGAGAAGAUGGAGAGAUAUCUAACAGAAGAGAAGCUGUUAAGAGAGGCAGAGAUGAUGAUGAUGAUGAUGAUGCUCAGUCAUCGAAACGACCUCUGACCUCGUGUGUGAGUCUGAUCUUCAGACUUCAGUCUAAACAGGGUGUGAUGUUCAGGAACUCUUCAGUAUCUGACACACGGUCACACUCACACAGACUUCAGCUCAGUUUUACGGCCAGGGUCACGAGUCUGGGAGACGUUCAGUGCUGGAACAUCGAUCCAAAGAACCGGAGGAUGCAGGAAAGAGAGACUGAUGGACAGAAUACAGAGAUGGAAAUGCACUUUGUAGAUGUUUGUGUUCGCUGGUUCCCUAUUCUGCAUCCUGGAUCUCUUUACAGAUUAAUUGCACUCAACACAAAGGAUGUGAGUGUGUUGAAAGCCGAGAGCAUUUCAGUGAGAGGCGGAGUCAAACUGCUCAGUAACCCCGCCCUUCUAAUAAACAACCAGUGGAAAAUACACACACUCACAGACACACAGUCAGAUGUUCCUGCAGUCAUGACGGUAUCUGAAGUUCUGCACUCCAGCUCCGCCCCUGAGAUUGUCUCUUUUUAUGGUGUUAUUUCUCAGCGAAUCACAUUACAAGAAGACACAGGAACAAAACCCAGUGUCCAAUCAGUGACUGUGUCUAAAGACUCGAGCGUGGAGGAGGGUCUGAAGGUCCGUUUGACGGUUCAGGAUCCUGAAGCUUCAGGUCAGAUGAUUCAGGUGUAUGUGGAUUUGUCUUGUUGUCCGUACACACCUGGACUUCUGCCGGGAGCGUCGCUUCUACUCAAUGACUUUCAGCGAAAAGUCUCCAAAGCGUGUAACGUGUACUGCCGCUCUCUGCCCAUCAGUUGUGUGACCGUGACUGGUCUGGGGUCAGUCGGUUCAGGGUCAGGUGGGUCACAGUCUCCUCCUCCCAUGAUGCUCCUCGGCGAUUGGGCAUCAGGUGGGACACAGCAGUGCAUUGUGGGUCAGGUUAAAGGUCACGUGGUGUGUGUGUUGUCUCUGAGACUGCAGUGGAUGUGUUCUCUGUGUGGCAGUAUCUUCAGACAGGGUUCCUGUAGCAGAUCAUCGUGUGAUUGUGUCAGUGCUGUGUUUCAGGCUGAGGCUAAGGUUGUGGUGGAGGACGGUUCAGGUGAAGCUCAGGUCUGGUUUUCGUCUGACACUAUCUGUGAGCUGCUGAUGUUGGAUGCAGGUCAGUGGGAGGGGCUUCAGAGACACGUCAGGGUCAAAGGUUACGUCAGGGUGUACACACGCGGCCGCAACAUGAUGUGUGAUGUAGAUCCUGAGGAUUCUCUCGUUCAGUAUUUGUGCUGUUUGUGCUCCAGUAACACAGUGUGUCGACAAAUCAACCUCACCUGCCGACAGCGAGCACAGAGAACAGGAAAAUCUCAGCUGAGGAAAGUGUGUCGAGGUCUCACUGAAUUUAUCAGCAAAUUCCCACCAGCUCUUCAACUACACUGCCUUCAGAUACACACAGACACACACUAAUACACACAGACACACACUGAUACACACACAGUGCUAUACUUCAAAGGUGAAAUGCUAAAUUAAAUAGAUUUAAUGUGUGUCAAAUAUAAAGUAGAUCAUGACUCUUGUUUGUGUAAAAAUCUUUUAAUAGUGAUUUGUAUAUUCUAUUGAAAGAUAUUUUCUGCUUUGUUUUGUAAUAAAAACUGCUUCUGAGUGUUUUUUGCACAUGUAAAUAGUUUGAAUUGUUUCUGAUAAAAGAAAUUUUAUGAAAAGCUAUUUUUCUAAAUUGUUUUUAUUUUUUAGACUGAAAUAAAGUGAAAUUUGUUCUCAUUUAAGGUUUUAUACGGGUUUCACUUCUCUUUAAAGUCUUUAUAGUAGUUCAU